UCAAUUGUUAUUCUGCGGCAUCGUACGUGAGCGCGGACCUAGAAAAUCAACGUCGAAUCUCAAUUUCAGUCCGUGUCUGAAGCUGAAGCUGAAUCGCACGCAGCGUUUAGUGAGUGUCUCUUGUGUCUCGGUUGUUCAGCCCCACGUAGAAAGUCAACGGCCACGGCUACAACGGUUUCAAAGUCCUUCGUCCUUCAUCAAACGCAUAGCCAAGUGAAUGCUUGAAUGCUCGAAGGGAAAGUGUCAUAAAGCGUGCGAUUAUCCUGUAAACAAAGUGUAAAACAACAACAGCAGAGCGUUCAGCCAGCAUCAAGAACAACAUUCGAUCCGCAACAGCCAGGAGUUGCUCCAAUAAAGCCUUCACAUUUGGAGUGCAUGAAAAGCGGAAAAGCGGAAAGAACAAAAGCAAACAUAACAGCGAACGGGCACAGGCAACCCGCUGUCGGAUUGGAGGACUUUUACGACCUGAGCAAUCAAUUCUGCUGGCCAGGGUAGGAAGCGCCCAGCCACCACCCAUCCACCCCACCAACAUUGGACUCUGGAUCUGAACACAUCGUAUAAUGGUUGCCCAAUUGAGAUGACGCCACUGCCACAAGUGAGUAGGAGGAGGAUACGUUAGUGGCGGCGGCAUUGACUAUGGGAACAGAGGCAUGGGCGUGUGUGCGGACCUUGGGUCUCAUCGAUGGUGUCGGGCAUUGAGCCACAGCCAGCCACCAAAGCAGCAGCAGCAACAAUCCUCAAACAGCGCUCCAGCAGCAAACACAGCCACAGCCACGAAAACGGCUGCAUUCACAGUGAAAACAUCAACGAGAAGCAGAGGCCGACGACGAGUAGCAGGCGGUGACGAGAGCGAGAACGAGAACGAGAACGAGGAAGUGAAUGCCGCCAGAUCGAGUGCACUCUUUUCGAGCUGCUCAGGACCUGCCACCAGAUCGAUACAAGUUAUCAAAUUUGUGUUGAUUUCGUUGCUUUCCCUACUAGCGGAGCAUGCACAAACGCACAACAUUCCAGAAGAUGCGGUGCACAUUACGGCCAUACUUGGCGAGGGUGUCAUCUUCAACUGCCAUGUGGAGUUCCCCAACGACCAUCCGGUGCCGUAUGUCCUGCAGUGGGACAAGAAGGUGAGCGAAACGGGCUCCGAUCUGCCCAUAUACAUCUGGUAUGAGAGCUAUCCGGAGCACAUCGAGGAGGGCUACAAGGGACGCGUGUCGCGCGUCUCACAGGACUCGCCGUUCGGCAGCGCCUCGCUCAAUCUGACCAACAUCAGGGAGUCGGAUCAGGGCUGGUAUGAGUGCAAGGUCGUCUUCCUGAAUCGCGAUCCCAAGCAGCACAAGAACGGUACAUGGUUCCACUUAGACGUACAUGCACCGCCGCGCUUUAGUGUUACGCCCGAGGAUAUAAUAUACGUUAAUUUAGGUGAUUCAAUUAUACUCAAUUGCCAGGCUGAUGGCACACCGACCCCGGAAAUACUUUGGUACAAGGAUGCCAAUCCCGUUGAUCCCUCGCCCACGGUGGGCAUCUUCAAUGACGGCACCGAGCUACGGAUCUCGACCAUACGGCACGAGGAUAUCGGGGAAUACACUUGCAUUGCACGCAAUGGUGAGGGGCAAGUCUCCCAUACGGCCCGUGUUAUAAUCGCGGGCGGCGCUGUAAUCAUGGUGCCACCAACCAACCAAACGAAGCUCGAGGGCGAAAAAGUGAUAUUCUCAUGCGAGGCUAAGGCGAUGCCCGGCAAUGUGACCGUCCGCUGGUUCCGCGAGGGCUCACCGGUGCGCGAGGUCGCCUCGCUGGAGACACGUGUGACCAUACGCAAGGACGGCUCCCUCAUCAUCAAUCCCAUCAAGCCGGACGACUCGGGCCAGUAUCUGUGCGAGGUGACCAACGGCAUUGGGGAUCCGCAGAGUGCCUCCGCCUAUCUCAGCGUUGAAUAUCCAGCAAAGGUCACAUUCACGCCCACGGUGCAAUAUCUGCCCUUCCGACUGGCUGGCGUCGUUCAGUGCUACAUCAAGUCGAGUCCCCAGCUGCAGUAUGUGACCUGGACGAAGGACAAGCGCCUGCUGGAGCCCUACCAGAUGAAGGACAUUGUGGUGAUGGCCAACGGGUCGCUGCUGUUCACGCGCGUCAAUGAGGAGCAUCAGGGCCAGUACUCCUGCACGCCCUACAAUGCCCAGGGCACGCACGGCGCCUCCGGCUUCAUGGACGUGCUGGUCCGCAAGCCGCCGGCCUUCACUGUCGAGCCCGAGACGCUCUAUCAGCGCAAGGUCGGCGACAGCGUCGAGAUGCACUGCGACGCCGUCGAGGCGGAGGGCACCGAGCGGCCCACCAUCAAGUGGCAGCGCCAGGAGGGCGAGCAGCUGGCCGACUCCCAGCGCAAUCGCAUCAAAAUCUCCGGCGGCAACAUGACCAUCGAGAAUCUGCGACGCGAGGACUUCGGCUACUACCAGUGCGUCGUCUCCAAUGAGGUGGCCACGCUGAUGGCCGUCACGCAGCUGGUGAUCGAGGGCACACAGCCCCACGCGCCCUACAACAUCACCGGCAAGGCCACCGAGUCCUCCAUCACGCUGCAGUGGCUGCCCGGCUACAGCGGCGGCUCCGAGUACAAGCAGGACUACACGAUCUGGUUCCGCGAGGCGGGUGUCAACGAUUGGCAGACCAUUUCGGUGACCCCCUCCGGCAGCACCCAGGUGACCAUCAAUGGCCUGGCCUCCGGCACCACCUACGAGUUCCAGGUGGUCGGCCGCAACGUGCUCGGCGACGGGAUGAUGAGUAAAGUGAUGACAGUGCGCACCUUGGAAGACGCUCCGGCAGCGCCACGUAAUGUCAAGGCUGCAACACAACCGCCCGACUCAUUCUUUCAGCUAAUGCCAGACGAAGCUGGUCCCAAGCCCGGACCGCCCAGGAACGUCUCCGUCACGGAGGUGUCCAAUGGAUUCCUCAUCACGUGGCAGUCGCCGCUGGAGCGGGCGCAUAUCGUCAAGUUCUACACGAUUAAGUACCGCACGGAUGCCCAGUGGAAGACAUUGAAUCGGGGACAAAUACGGCCGGAGGAGACGCAGUAUUUGGUGAAAAAUCUGGUGGGCGGACGCACCUACUACUUCCGCGUGCUGGCCAAUUCGGAGAAAUCGUACGAGUCCAGCGAUGAGGUGAAGUUCCCCGUGCCGGCACGUGUCAAGCAUAAAGCUAUAACCGCCGGCGUCGUUGGGGGCAUCCUGUUUUUUAUUGUUGCGAUCAUUUUAUCGGUUUGUGCCGUAAAAAUUUGCAAUAAACGUAAACGACGAAAACAGGAAAAAGAGUUCAACAUGGUAGCUUGCAGGAUAACGGACGCUCGUAAUAUUGCAGCCAAUGCAGCCAAUAAUCAUCAUCAUCAACAACAUCAUUUGCAUCACAAUCGCAGUACGGGCUCAAUUUCCUCUGGUCAAGUGCCUUUAAAAAAGUACAAACAAACCCGAAUAUCAAGUCUAACCGCCAUACUGAUCGCCAUUCUUCACUGGAUCUGGCCACCCGAUCGCUGCACCAACUGCCACUCCAUCUACAGCUCCCCCACAACGCUCGAGGACUGCGACACUGCCACCGGGCGGCGCUCUGUGAGUCGCAUUCAGCGCAGUCUCGAUGGCCGCUUCGUCUUGGAUGUGGAUGGCUCCAAGAUCGAGGGCUACACGCUGGACAACAACAACAUCGAUGUGGUGGAUGGCGCGCUCUUUGAGCGACGCAACAGCAACGUCUCCCAGAAGUCCUCCAGCGACGAUGGCGGCUUCCUCUCGCGGCGCAACUUCAUCACAGCGCGUGCCUCGUGGCGGCGUCCCCUGGUGGCAUCCUCCAGCCAGCUGAGUCUCCAAUCGGCAGCGGAUUCGGCACGCGGCUUCCUGCAGGGCCUCGGGGGUCUGCUCAAGAUCGGCGGCAAGCCGCAGCACCAUCAGCCGGCGCACUUUGAGGAGGCCAUCAGUGGGGCUCGCUACCAGAACAUCCGCAGCCUGUAUGGGAAUGCGGACAGGAGUCGCCCGCUGCACAUCAACACCAUCAGCGGAGCGCUGGGCAUGGGCCAGCAGCAGCAGCAGCAUCACCAUCACCAUCUCCUCUCGCCGCAGCACUACACCCCGUCGCGUGUCUCGCGCAUCUUCUCCAGCUCGCCGGCCAUGAGCCAUCUGCAGCAUCAGCAGCAGCUGCUGCUCAGCGGCGGCAGUGGCAGCGUCGGCUAUCCCACACACUUCAGCGAUCUCAGCACCGUUUAUCCGCCCAACUCGGCGGAGCGUUCCCACAACAGCGGCGGCGCAGGCAGUCGCUAUCGCUACUACUCCCAGGAGCUGCCGUCGCUGAGAACCAUCCAGGAGGAGACACGCCGCCAGCAGCAACAGCAGCAGCAGCAGCAGAACCAACAGCAACCACAGCAUCCGCUGGAGGAGCACUUUGUGCCGCUGCAGCUGCCGUCGCCGCCAUCGUGGCGGAGCUACUACCACGGGCAGCUGCCGUAUCACAGCUACAGGCCGCGCACGCGCUGGUAUCCGCGCCACUACUCCCGCCUCUUCAGUCGCCAGCAGCACGAGCUGCUCUCCCCGCUGCCCGAUCUGAAUCUAUCGCUGCGCAACGGCGUCGGGGUCAAUGCAGGGCUGGAGGCCUCUCCCGAGUCGCGGAGCAGCUCGAGCGGCUUUGGCUCGAAGAACACCUCCAAUCAUCCGGGCAGCACCAGCGAAUGGCGACUGCUGCCGCCGUACCGUGCGCCACCCUCGCCGCCCAAGCACUCGGGCUACUUUGGGACAGGCGGGGGACUGGCUGGCAGUCAGCAGGCCCAAGGACAGACGCCGCAUUCCGCCUACUCCUCUUAUCCGCGGGCCAACACGCCGCCCUACACCAUGGCCCACUGGCUGGAAAUGAUCUCAAGACUGAACGCGGCCACGGACAGCAAUUUGCCCGCGCCCAAAGCGCCCUGCCCCGUGGACGUGGGCAGCGUCGAUGGCCACUACGAAUUCGACCCGGCCACGCCCACACCGAGCGCCUCAACGCCCACGGGCAUGGGUGGUAUGCUGCGCGAAGAUCUCAAUCAUCUGCACAUCGAUACAUCGCUCCAUCAUCAUCAUUUGCACCAUCAUCAUCACACGCUGGGACCGCUGAGCGGCAGUCUGCUGCACGCCCAUGCCCCCACGGGCUACAGCGGCGGAACGGGCAGUUCCCGGAAGCUGCGCACCUUGCCGCUGCCACACCAGCUGCCGGCACGCUAUGACAAUGUGGAGGUGCGGCUGCAGGCGAUGCGAGAGGAGUUCUAUGCGUACCGCAAGCGGCAGGCGAUGCAACAGGCGGGAGUGCCCGAAAUGGAGAGCGUGUGCUGAGUGCCAGCUCCAGUCAAGCAUUUAAUUAAGUUCCACAUGGCAUCCACACACACACACACACACAGACACACACAUCCGCAACACACCCAUGAAAUGCGCCUCAAUGCUAAAAGCAAAAGCACCGCAAAAUUGCGAUGCCAUCGGAUGAGACGGAUGAGCGAUGGCUGAGGCAGCCGCAAGCAGCAUGCAUGCCAUUGCAAUCAACAUUCAACCGCAUACGUAGCAGAUGAGAUGAUGAUACAUGAUACAUGGAUACACAGAAAGAUAAACGAACAUCGGAUCAGGCCACACAUCUGUCUGUGCACGCGUACUGCCAUUUCCCCCCAAAACCCAGCCCCCAACCCCAACCCCCACACACGUUAGAGAUUCCUACCCUCAGAUAUGAAACUUAAAAAGUUACCACAGCAAUGAAACAAUUAAUAGAUUUUACGGAAAGGAAAGGGAAGGGAGAGCGAAAAUUCCACGCGAGAUUUGUAAAUAAUUUGAAGGGAGCAGCAGAUAGAGACAGGAGACAGAGGGAGAGCGAGGGGCAUGCAGCAGCUGAGGAGCCGAAAGUUUAAGUAUAAUAUUAAAAACAAAACUAUAGCAAUUAUACAACAACAACAACAAAACAUAUUAUUACAACUCGAUAAAGAAUAAUGAAUUGAUAUUAAACACACAAAAAAAAAAAUAAACAACAAAUUACAAUUUAAUAUUAUUAUUAUUAUUAUUUACGAGUGUAUUUAGAUAUUUGAAUAUUUAACAACACACACACACACACGUACAGAUUGAUAUGUUAAACAUUAAUAAAUUAAAGAACAUUUAACACAAAAAUCCCAACAAUCCCCCACAGCGCGUAAGGCCUAAAUUAUGUUAAAAAAAAAUAAAAAAUAAAAACAAGAACACUAAAAGUACGAGUAAAAUCAAUACGGAAAUACGGAAUAUGCUAGCUGUUAAGCAUUUAGUUGUUAAAUUUAUCGAUUAUCGAUAGCCGGCAGACGAUGACACGAUGUUAAAAAUAAAAAACAAAAACAAAAAACAAAACAAACGAUUAAAAACGUAUUUAAAAAAGAACAAACCACAUAUAGAGAAAUUGUUUCAUAAUUAAAUUAUUUAACGACAAACAGAGAAAACCAAAACAAAAAUGAAACGAAAAAAAUAAACAGUUUAACGAACGAAUUAAAUGAAAUAUAACUGCUGCAUAUAUGUUUACUGUUACACACACACACACAACACACACACCAACACACGAUAAUUAACUCGAACAAGAAUAUUUAUUAAACGCAAAACACAAAACAAAAACUAAAUACCAAAAAAAAAAUAAUAAUAAAAAUAAAAAAUAAAUAAAAGCAAAACGAUUCUUUCCGGUACGAUAUAGUAUAUCCCACACACACAACACACACCACACACACACACAGCCCAAGACUUGGUCAAUUGCGACGCCACUCGACAGUUGAAUAAGUUGGUAAGGUGACAAGAUACAGAUACAGAUACAAUAUCUAUAGAUACAAGAGAGAGCGAGGGAGAGCGCGAAGAGAGGGCCACAGUUGUGCAUAGAUCCAGCUGAGUUUCUGUUUGUUUUUUUAGGUACUUGUUAAACGAUAAAUGAUAAAUGAUUAACGAUUAACGAUAAAUCGAUCAAAUUGUACGGAAUGAUGGUUUGACACAACUUGACGCCAAAACACUGCCAGAGCGAGAGAAGCGUAAAGAAGAUGUGACACGUGUGUGCAUAACGUAUGUAAAUUACAGAGACAACAAAUAUACAAAAUAAUAAUAUUAAUAAUAAUUAUAAUAAUAAUAAUAAUAAUACUAAUCAUAAAGGUAAUACGAAUAACGAUUUGAGGGGGGUAAAGAGUUCGAUAGCGAGAGGGAGAGAGCAAAGCAAAUCAAGAAAUCAACUACGAAAGAACUACUCGAAUGAUCUCAAGAAUUUCUAUAUAAAUAUAUGUAUUUGUGUGUGUUUGCCCCGACUUUUGUUGAUCCAAAAAUUACACUGAAACAAAUCAAAGUGGGAGCGAGGGAUGGUAUGGAUUGGUAUAGGCAGAAAAUUGCAUUAUCGAUGAACACUUUUCUUGUACAUGUUGAAGGUAUUCAAGUAAUUAAGUUGAUUUUUUGUAUUGCAUAUAGACAGACAAACACACACACACACACAGCAACACACACACACACAUUAAAAGGUUUAACUAGAAAUGAAAAUAAAUAAAUUAAUUAAUUGAUGCAUUAACGAAACGAAAGCACAAGCCGAAAUGGCAGCGAAAAGCCAAGUGCGAAUCGAGAGAGAGAGAGAGAGUAAUUACAGAGAAUAAAUUGAAUUUUAAUUGAGAUGCAGAGAAGCAGAAUAGGCGCAGAUGAAGGGACUUCUGGGCACAUACGAUAUAUGAUUAUGUAUCUACUGUAUGUGCAUAUAUUUAUGGAUAAAGCAGUUACUGGAUUACUGGCAUUCAACUGGCAUGUAUGUACAUUAAGAGUAAAGAACAAAAACGAAAACAAAAAC